AUGGAUAGAGGGGCUUCCAGUAGAGCUCUUUUUAAUGCCGUGCGUGCAAACGAUGUAAAGAAAGCAUCGGCGGCUCUCAAGAAAGGAGCAGAUGUAAACGUUGUUGCAAGUGAGACGGGAAUAUAUGGUGGUGUGUAUGGUAUUCUAUCAGCGUUGCAAGUAGCAUGUGCUGAUUCAUCGAUUGAGAUGGUAGACUUGCUGCUACAACAUCAAGCAAACAUAAACUAUCAUGAUAAUGUGGGUGGAGGGACAGCUCUACAUUAUGCUUGUUGGAAAGGUCAUUUGUCUGUUGUGGAGAAAUUAUUGGCAGCAGGUUGUAACAAAGAAGCAAGGAGUAAUGGUGGACGGACAGCUCUACAUUUUGCUUGUGAGGAAGGUCUUUUGUCUAUUGUUGAGAAAUUGCUGUCAGCAGGAUGUCAGAAAGAUGUCAAGGACAAUGAUGGAUCAACACCUUUACAUCUUUCCUGCUUAUCGUAUUUCUGUCAUGAUUUUCAUCUGUCAAUUGUCAAGUUGUUGAUAUCAUCAGGAGCUGAUGUGUCAACAGUGAACAAGAAAAGACAAACACCAUUACAAGCUGCAGAAGAACGGUUGCAAAAAGAUCGGAGUGAUUCAGAUAGAGAAAAUCGUUCUCGUAUUAUUUCUUACUUGAAAGAAUUGAAUGAGAAUAGUUCUGUUGCAGCUGGAAAUUCAGCAUCAAACAUCACAGAUAGUACAACUGCAGUUGCUGACAACGAUCAUCCAAGUGCUAUUGAUCGUCUCGGUCCGAUUGUUAAGGCUGAUUUUGAAAUUGCUGUGAAAAAGGGAAAGUUGCCAAUAAUGCGAGGGAACAUUGACAUGCUUGGUGAAGAAGAUGCAGGCAAGACGACAUUGGGAGAUGCUUUUCUAGAUCAGCCAUUUAUAGAGAAGAGAGAAAGUACGGUAGGAGCAGACGUGAAAGUGAUGAGAACGGGAGGCGGUCCAAACACGAACUGGAAGGAACUGAAACCAAAAGACAAAGAAGAGAUCAUUGAUCAAGUUCUUGUCAGAGGCUUACUUGCAAGACAACAACAAGUUGAGGCCACAGAGCAGACACAAGACAACAAUGGAGAGGAAGCUAUUGAAGAGACAAUCCAAGAAGUAGAACAGCAGCCAGCAGGUAGUACCAAUACGGUAGCUUUACCAACAGCCAGACAAGCAAGUAGUAAAGAAGGCAACACGACAGAGUUGAGGAAGCCGCUACGUGAUUUGUUGUUUUGUAAAGAAUUAACCGAGGAGCAAGCAAAGUUAGCAGAGGAACUGCGUCGUGACAAAGCUGCAUUAGAAAAAAGUGAAAAGAUGAUGUUGAUCACAGUGUGUGAUCGCGGCGGUCAAGAGCAGUUUCUGAUGACACACGCAGCAUUGAUGGCAGACAACAGUCAGCACAGUGCAACCGCUUACAUGAUAGUGAUGGAUGGAACAAAGAGUCUUGCAGAUCCCAUACCUCAAUGUUUGUUUCGACAAGAACAAGGAAGCGAGCAGUUGGUCAUGCCACGUUUUGGCCCUACAACGAGACGUGAGCUGUUGGCUUAUUACAUGAAUGCCAUCAAGAUGGCACAUCCAGUAAUGGCUUGUGGUCCUUUCCUUGGUCAGGGCUUUAUUGAUCAAGCACCAGUUACAUUUGCCAUGUCGACAAGACAAGACAAAACAAAGGACAUGGAUCCAAAAUUCUUAGAUGAACAAGAACAAAUAUUGCAAGACAUUGUACAGAAGAACAAGUUUGGUGGUCACAUGAUGUUGGCAGAAGAAAACCCAAACAAACUGACUUUUCGUGUUGACAACACACGAUCAGGCACUGACAGUCCGGAUCCGGUGCUAACGAAGGUGAAGGAGAUAUUUGUAGCAAUGGUGCGGUCACUGUGGAGUCAACGAGAUGCUAUUCCUUUGCCGUGGGCAGUUCUGGAUAAAUUGUUGAGCAGAGUGUCUCAACUGGAUGACAACGAAGGCAAAAUACUGGACAUCGAAGAAGUGUGUGAGUUGGCUCGAAAAUUCUGUGACAUUAUGACACGAAGAGAAUGUCGAUCGGCACUGCAGUAUUUAUCAAGUUUGAGCACAAUUGCAUUUUAUUCUGAUGUGAGUGAGUUAAAGAAGAAGGUCUUUACUGAUCGGCAGUGGCUGUUUGGUGUUCUCAAUGUUUUUGUUACCGUUCUCGAUAGAAGCAAUGUGCCGCUACGCUUCUGGGAAGAUCUGAAGAAAUUGAAGGAAGAAGGAAUGAUGUCAUGGUCAUUGGCUCACUAUCUGCUGCUGCAGAAAGGUGUCAAGGAAAGUCAGUUUGAGUCCAUCUUGUACCUGCUGCAUCUAUUCGACGUCAUCUGUCCUAUGAUCACAUCACCAGAGGUGCUGAAGGCUGUUCUGAAGGUUGGACAGUCAUUCUUUGUUCCUUGCUUGCUGGAACAGAGAUAUGAUGACAAGUCGGUAUGGCAACAAAUGGCCUGUUCCACUCGAUUUCCUCCCUCUCUCAUAUUUCGUCCUGAUGGGUUUGACACGACUCCCGAGCCGAUCUACUUUCGCUUGGUGUCUCGUUGUGCCACUAAAUAUGCCCAUCCUCGUCCCAAACUAAAAAGAGGUCAUGCUGUCUUUCAUGUGGAUGAUGAUCUUGAGCUUGAUCUUGAACUGGUUUACCAUGAACUGCAUUACAUUAUUGCUACAGUACAUUCUCCUCGUCAAGUGUUUUCUCGUGAUGAGCUGAAACAUCAAUGUAGCAUCAUUCGUCAGUUUCUUAUUCAUCAGCUGAAUGAGUCCAAGAAACGAGGAUUGGAUGGCUUCAAGUUCACUGUUUGUAUUAAUCCUCCUCCAACUGAUGCUGAAGAUGCCAAAUCAAUAGAUGAUGAUUCUCUUGUGUGCAUCGAUAAAUAUCCACAGCAAAAGGGUUUGAUGAACCAGAAGAAUGAUCGUGUGUCACGAGAGCAGUUUCCUACUCUGGAUAUCUGGUUUAGUGACUCAAUGAAAGAUACUAAGACUGCUCUCUCUAAUCCUGACGACACGUUGAAUGCUCAUCAGUUAGUCGAAGUUGCUGGUGAAGUUGCUCACAACUGGACGGAGUUUGUAGCACGUCUAUCACCAACAAUGUUUUCUACAACAAAAGUUGCCGUCAUAAAGGAAACAUAUUCAAACCCAUUUGAGAGGGCCCGUGAUGCACUCUGUAAGUGGAGUGACAAUAUGGACAAAGCAGCAACAUGUCGCUUGGUAGUUUCAACAUUAUUGAAAAUGGGCAUGAGACAGCAGGCAUCUCGUAUAUUUGGAGAUGACUUAAUAGAGGUUAUUAGUAGAGGUGACUAAAUAUCUGUUAUUACAUAGCACAGGAAUAUAAGAGAAGACGAUCUUUUGUUGUCAAAAGUUUUGAUGUCAGUCAAACUGAGAGUUGCUCAUAAGUGUAUGUCAAGUAUGUAAGAUAUCAGUCCAAUGUAUCCGAAAAGCGAACAUGGUUGACAUGCAUGCAUACUGCUGAUAGGGUUUGUGAUUAGUUGUAUUAACUAGUCAUUAAUUUUACAUUGUAAACAUUAUUAUUUAAUUAAUUAA